CGUGUCCUAUGUGAAGUUUCCAACUGUUCACCCCUUUGUGGACUCCAAGCAAGGUCGGCGAAUGCAGGCAUCGGACUUGAUGAGCCAGCUUGCACCAGAUGCCUUCACUUGCCCUGGCGAAGCAGGCGAAGGCUGCGUUUUGCCAAGGUCCUUCGUGAAUGAUCGAAAGUGUGACUGCCCUGGAACCUGUGCUGAUGAGGAGUUGUUCACUUGUGAGACCUGCGUCCCCAAGACUCCUUUUGCUGCCGCUGUGAGCUCGGAUGAGGACAAGGAAGUGGGGAUGGCGCUGGGCUUGGGACUGGGCACCGCGCUGGGCCUGGCGCUGGGCCUGGGCUUGGGGCUCACAGUGGCGGCUGGUGCCUUCUUGGCUGUGGGGCUGCUGGAGAUGCUGGUACCCGAUCCCCAGGAGUUCAGAAGCGAUCCUCGGGUUCAUGCUGCGCUGAAGAGUGCUCUUCUGAAGCUUGCGGGCCCAACCUCAUCGGGGACCUUGCCCAUCGCUGUGAAGCUGAACUGGGGCGUGGCGAAGACGGCGAGGACGGUGGAGGCUGAUACACGGCAUCGAGGUCUACUGGCUGUGGUGACAUUGGGCUUCAAAAUUCACAUCCAAAGUGAGGAGGACAGCUUGGGUGUUUGCCAAGUGCUCUCAUCGAGAUCUCGGGAAGAUGCAGAGAAAGUCAUCAAGAAAGAGCUCCAAGAAGCUGGUGUGCCUGGUUCCAUCAAACUUGUGAACCUACACGUCGCACCAAACCCUCUAUCAUACAAUCCAAACCAACCAGAUCCCACGGAGUUUGUCCCUACGGGCGUUAGCCUUGACGAAGUUGCGGCAAACCCUGUGGAGUCACCGAAAGAACAUGUUGCAAAUGUCCAAGCGCCCUGGUCUGGAAGCGUCUCGACCACUGCCCAGGAUUCCUCUGAGUUUGUCCCCACGGACGUUAGCCUCGACGAAGUUGUGGCAAACUCUGCGGCGGAGUCACCAAAAAAAGAUGUCGGCAGCGUUGCGUGGUGCGUGGUGCAUGGCUUGCCACGACUGCAACCCAAAGAGCAGUCGUGUGCUGAGCAGCUGGUCACGGAGUUGAUGGCCGCCUCGCGCUUGCCGAGCUUGGCAACGAUGAGACCAGGGCUGGGAUGCUGACCGGGCCACGGACGGAUCCGGGGCGUCGUGGGAUCGGCGGGUUUGAUUGCUUGGCUGGUUUGUCUUCCACAGUUGACCCGCCCAAAAAGAACAGAAAGGACCUUUUAACAGAAGUUCAUUCUCUUCACAACUUCCUGGCUAAGCGGCUAAACGGUUUCCGGUGACGUGGGAUGGCUUUGGGGGGGGUGGUGGGGCCGAUGUCUUAGCCGCUGGUCAGGUCCAAACUGCCCUCGCUGGAAGCCACAGAGGAUUGGGAUGCCGAAACAUGGAGCAGCUUAGCAGACGUUGGACUUUGCUCCCUUGGCAGACGUGGACAAGUGCAAACGCCCACAUGCUUUCCAUGCCGAGGUGACACGCGUUCCUCCCUAGGGGUUCCUGCCUCAGAAGGGCUGGGGGAAGUGGUGCGAAAGGAAGAUCCACCAAUGAAGAUGGUCCAGCUGCCUAAUCCUGCUCUCUGGGUGCAAAUCUGGGACGAUCAACGAGAUGAUCCAGCUUUGGGUCGCACAGCCUGUGAAACACAUGUUUCCCCCAUCCUCAGCGGUGCGAUCCCUGGGAGAGGCAGAGAAGUUGUGAACAUUCCAAAGGCUGUUGUGCCACCAACGAGAAUCACUGGAUCAGGGGAACUUAAUCGAAGGCGAUCGGAGUGCAAAAACAUCACAGAAUCGAUCAGAAUCGAAGAUCGCCAUCAAUCACCACAGAUCAGAGCACCACAGAUCAUCAGCCUGGCGCGACUUGUAAGGACUAAAAAAUCACUUCUCACUCUAGAUCCUGAUCGAAUCCUACCCACUCCCACUCCGUCCGCCCCACCCCGUCCCGUCCUCCAGUCACACAAUCACACCACACCGAUCAGCUGGAGUCCUCAAACUCUCCCCGAUCGACACCACCAGGGACUGAUCCUCUGAGUCCUUCGAAGAGACGAAACGAAGAGACGAAGGAGUGGUCUUUGGUUUCCCCACUCCGGAGGGACCAAUCACAUCGGUUGGUUCCAUUUUUUGUUCAUAUUUUUUCAACGUGUCCAGUUGAUGUAUAGGGCUGGGAUGGACUGAGGCCUUAGGCAUACCUCCGAUUUGCAAAC